AUGUCUCGUUAUACUUGUAAUGUUGAUUUUUUUCGUGAUUUGAGUGAAGAAGAAAAGCGAGAGCUGGCCGCGUAUAUGGAUGAAGAAGACAAUGGAGAUUAUUUUGAUGAUUCCGAUGCAGACCCAGACUAUGAACCAAGUGAAGCGUCUGAAUGUGACGAUUUUACCAUCGAUGAUCAGACACUCGAAGAUGCCGCAUUUGUUGAAUUACGAACGUCUAUUGAAGCAACUGGUGCAGAUUUGGAUAUGAAUUAUGAAGAAACCAUCGUGCCAGAUGUAGAAGAUGAUGUGAAUAUGGAAGAAAUGCCGAUUGAACCAAAAUCAUGGCCGAAAAUAUCAUAUCGUCAAGUGAAUGAAUCGGGGCGAGAUCGUGAAUGGAAAGACACAAAUUCCGAUGAAGUAUACGCAUUGAUUGGUAUUCUGCUACAUUGUGGUGCUGAGAAAGCAAAUUCGGUGCAAAUCAAAGAUCUUUUUCAUGAAUCGCAUAUGCCAUUCUACCGAGCUGUCAUGUCACUGGAACGGUGUGAACAAUUGUUGCGUUUUUUACGUUUUGACAAUACACGGUCACGAUUGGAUCGGCUACGUUUAGAUAAACUAGCACCGAUUCGUUUCAUAUGGGAUAAAUUUCUCACGAAUUUGACAUUGCCGUUCAUUCCAUCGAAGGAACUUUGUACGGAUGAACAAUUACUCGUUUCACGAAACCGAUGUAGUUUUCGCCAAUAUAUUCCAUCAAAGCCAGGAAAAUAUGGAAUUAAAAUAUUUUGGCUCGUUGACUCGAAAUUGAACUACCCAGUUGUAGUCGAAGUUUACCUCGGUACCCAGCCAAACGAAAAGCGAUCAACUGGAAUUGCUCAUGCGCUAGUGAUGCGCCUUGCCGAACGUCAUUUGGACAUGGGAGUGAAUAUUACGGUGGAUAAUUUUUUCUCAUCUAUACCAUUGGCACAGGAUUUAUACCAGCACAAUACUACCAUGGUUGGCACAAUUCGAUCAAACAAGCGUGAACUGCCAUGGAAUUUCACGUCGCUGAAAAUGGCAAAAGAAAGAGGUCGAAACACAGCAUCGUUCUGCUUUUCAGGCCCGUGUGAACUGGUUAAUUACAAAACCAAAACCGAGAAAAAUGUGCUACUAUUAUCAACUGCACACGCAAGCGAAGAUAUUGAUCCAAUCAGCGGAAAGCCAUUGGUGGUUCAUGACUAUAAUAGCACGAGGGGAGGCGUCGACACUUUCGACCAAAUGUUACGGGGAUACACAUGCAAACGUAAAACUAAUCGUUGGCCGAUGGUGAUGUUUUUCAACAUGUGA